UCCAACGCUGGCAUAACUGACAGUUUUUAUUUCUGUUAUCUCCGCUAAACACAAAACACAAAACCAGCCACGAUGAAUGCUGUCAAUGCUCUUAAAGCGACUCUCUAGCUUUAAUAAGUGAGUUACCGCUGAUUUAAACGUGGCAUUAUGCUCGUUUGGAGACCGGGAGCCGUCGGCGUUCAGACACACAAGCGGACCGUUCAUCCGUUCAGUCGCUGGUAACGGAUUUAUCCGCCGCAUAUGUGUGGAUUUUACUCACUAACGGACCAGUCGUGAUGAACGCAGAGGCCCCUCGGCGCUUCUGAGUACAUCCACCGCAUGACAGCGUGUUAUCUCCGUUGAAAAGAGCAGUUUUGGAGCCAUGGCUUCGGCGCUGAGCAGCUUCAGCGGUCCGGAGGUGCUGGAGGACGGGAAUCACGCCCGGGGUUUGAUGAACGAGCUGAAGCUGCUGUACGACUGUCGGCUGCUGGGAGACGUGACCAUCGGGGUGGAGAGUGCAGAGGAAGAGGAGCCCCUGGAGCCCAACAGAACCGGAACCGGAGCAGGAGCAGGAGGCGACGCCGAUCAGCUUUUCCUGUGCAGCCGCAACGUCCUCGCCGCCGCCAGCCCGUACUUCAAGAGCAUGUUCACCGGGGGGCUGAACGAGAGCGUGCAGGAGAGGGUGGUCAUCCGCGGCGUGGACUCCGAGUCCAUGUCGGUCAUCAUCGAUUACUGCUACACCGGCAGGGUGACCAUCACGGAGGGCAACGUCCAGAGGCUGUACGCCGCAGCCAACAUGCUCCAGCUGGAGUACAUCAGGAAGGCCUGCUCCAGCUUCAUGACCAGGAGGCUGGACCUCUCCAACUGCGUGGGGAUCCUGAAGUUUGCAGACACCUACGACAAUCCUGAGCUGAAGGAGAACGCACAAGCUUUCAUAGCCAGGAACUUCAGCCAGGUGUGCAGCGGAGGGGAGCUUUGUGAGCUGGACCUGGUGCAGCUGAAGGAGCUGCUGUCUCUGGAUGCUCUGGACGUGGACUGUGAGAAGAAGGUGUGCUCUGCUGCUUUACAGUGGAUAGAGGCGAAUGCGCCGCAGAAAAAAGAGGAUGCACUGCAGGCUCUGAAAUGUGUGCGCUGGAACCUGUUCACAGAGAAGGACAAGUGUUACCUGGAGAGCCUCAUGGCGAGACCUUUGACUGAGAAAUACCUGGCGUCGUUCUUUAACAGGUCUGCAGAGGAUGGCUGUGGAAUGUGUCCAAAUCUGGAAGUACCAAAGCACAGGAUAGGAGUUAGCGCUAAAGAAAUGAUUCUCUUCUUUGGGCUUCCCAACGACAACAUAAUGUGCUGCGAUCCUUACUCGGAGGAUCUGUAUUUCAUGGCGCCUCCUUUGGAAGAUCUCAGCAGUCAGGAUUACAAACGCUCCACCAUGGAGUCAUUAAUUGCCUGCGCCACACCGGAAAACAACUUGUACCUUGCCUCACACCUCUCUAAACACUUCUGGCUUUACAACCCUGUGCUCAACAGCUGGCAGGAGUUGGCAGAGAGGCCGCUGGGGAGGAUUCACUCUGGGAUGGGCUACCUCAACGGCCACGUCUACCUUCUGGGAGGAAGAAACCCAGUGACGGAUGCCAGACUGAAGGAGGUCGAGUGUUACAGUGUGCAGAGGAAUCAGUGGACUUUUGUGGCUCCGCUGCCUCACUCUUUGGGUAAAAUGCAGGUGGUGGCGCUGAACGACCACCUGUACGUGGUGAACAAAAGGAGAAUGCUUUGCUAUGACCCCAAGAGGAACCGCUGGCGCCACUGCGGGUCACUCAGGAGGGACAAGCUUCACAAGGCCUGCGUGUAUCAGGACCAGAUCAUCUGUGUGUGUGACAUCCCCGUGGUGAAGGCCUACAGCCCCACCAGGGGGGAGUGGAAGAGGCUGGGGGACAUUCCAAUAGACAGCCGGGCUCUGAACUACCAGGUGAUCCAGCACAACAACAAGCUCCUUCUCCUCACGCAGACUUUACUGCAGCACAACAAGAACCGAGUCCUCAUCCAUGAAUACGACCCGGCUAGAGACACGUGGAAGAACGUCAUGGCGGUGUACGUGUCCACUCUGGGACCCGUGUGUGUUUCAACACGCGUGUACCCAGCGUGCCUCGGCUCUGCUCACAGCUUCUCCACAGAGGAGGAUGAUGACAGUGGCUCUAGUGCCGACUGGGACUUUGACGGCCUGACGGACGCAGACUCAGACUCUGGCAGCUCCAGCUCUUUCUCAGAUGAGAACUGGUAGUGAAACAUGUUACUGUGUCAAAGAAAAGUUUAACUUAUUAAUAAUGAAAUGGAUUUUUACAGGGUGGUGACGCUGUUAAUUCAGUAUUAAAGCAGUCACCUACAUUAGAAGCACAACCUGAUCACAAGCAGGCCUCUUUACAGGUUUUAUUUUGCGUUUCUUCACAGGUUUGGAUCAUGAUUGUUUGCCGGAGAAAUAGUUGAGUUGGUUGCAGUGAUUACUUAAAAAGUUUUUUGACACAAUGAGUACAAAUGCAAAGGCUUUGUUCUUCAAGGACAUGGAGUUAACAUGGGCCCAUGUUCACAUGAUAACUCAAGAGGAAAAGUUAAGGGUUCCCCUAUAGAGUGGAGGAUCUGUCUUCAUAAUGUAGCCCACUGUUCAGGCAGCUGAAUGAAGGACACUACAGAGACGUAGUAGUACCCUUCAGAACAAUUAGAAGAGCUCAUAAGAGACGGAUUAAAGAGGCCAUGUUAUGCUUUCUGGGCUUUCCUUUCUUUUAACCCUCCUGUUGUCCUCAUUUAGGGGCACCAAAAAUAUUGUUUCCUUGUCUGAAAAAAAAUCCCAAAAUUCAGGAAAAAAAUUCCCCAAAUUUCUGAAAAUUUGCAAAGAAGUUUUAUUUUUUUAAAAAUCCCCCAAAUUUGGCAAGAAAAUUCUUGUAAAUAUUUUCAAAAAAUGAGUCAAAAUCUUCCAAAAAAUCCUAAAAAUAUCUAAAGUGAUUAUAUAUAUAUAUCAGUAAAACUUCUAAUAUUUUCUUUAAGAACAUUCACUAUGCUCUGGAUUUUGGUUGAUUUUUUUGUGAAUGUUCUUAAGAAACAUUUUUAAUAUUUCUUUUUUUUCCACCAAAAAAUGUUCAAAGAUUUCGCCAGAAAUGUUGAAAAUGUGGACAUCAGAAGUUUCACUGUGAAAAUAUAUAUUUUUUCCCACAUUUUCAAACUUUGAAAUGGGCCAAUUUUUACCUGCAGGACGACACGAGGGUUAAUGUGUUUUGUGCAUGUAACAGAUCCGCAAACUUUUAAAUCCCAAAGUCCACACCAGAGGGAGCUAUCAUCUCCCACAGAAAACACUGCUCCUUACCUGUCCGAAGUCCACCUUCUCUUCCGUUACUCAUCAAUGUCACGGUGUAACUUUGCAUAACAGCUGCCUAUUGGCUAGUUUGGUUUGCCCUCAGAGAAAGAAUGGGUGGCCUUCUCUCAGUUCGCUAUUAUUUCCUUCUGCCAUGGCUGCAUCCUUACAUACUGCCUGUGUUGCCUCGCUUUAGCCAGGACAGCUGAUAAAUCAGAGCAAACUGGGCUUUUUUGGAAGUAAAGAGACCUGAGUCAAACCUGGAUGUUUCAGACAGUGAUUGAGGAAAGGUGCUGCAAUAAUGUAAAUUGUGAGAAAAAUAAUGUGCUUUUAAACAUUAAGAAACCUGUAAAUGUGCAUAAUAUGGGCUCUUUAACUAAGAAUGGUCAAAGUUUUGUCCUUAGGCCAUGUCUAAUAAAAACACUAGAUCCUACACUUCCAGUAAUGCAGUGGUUUCCAAACUGAAUCUCUGCAGAGGUCUGAUGCUUGAACUGACCCAACCUACCUUGAAAACCAGUUACAGCAAAGUGACUCUCCUACCGCAUCCCUCCAGCUAAUGCAAACUAGCAUCAGCUGAGCAGAUACAAAAAAACCUAAGAAAACGUGUUUAAUUUUAACAUUGUUAUUGCAUUGACAACUUGUCAAACACGGGUGUUACUAAUAAGGCAUUUAAUUGCAGCAUUGCUUUAAUAACUGCUUGAACUGAGCCAUCAUUAGUGUUAUUACUUCUGUCUGCGCUUGCUUUGAAAAGUUCAAUGUCUGCUGUGAAUUUGAUAUGAGGCUAUCAAGAAAACACAUUAGUCAAAUCCAAAAUACAAAAAUAGCCGGAGAGUUAUUUGUCUUUUGUGUGUAACGCCAAAAUUUGCAUGACAGAAAUGGUUUGGGAAUCACUGCCGUAAAGCUUUCAUAAGAUGCUUCCUGCUUGUAGUUUGCAAAGCAGGUUGUUAGAAAGUCGUACACUCCAAACCCAAGCUGAGAUACUUCAGUGUUUUGUUUUUUUGACUUGACAAAGCUUCUAGCCCCGGAGAAGACACUAUACUUAAAGCAAUUUGCACAUGGCGAAUAAUACUCCCCCUCACUCGUGAAUUGACAUAUUAAAUAGGCGGAGGGCCCUUUAAUGCUUUAACUGUGACGUGUUACAUCAGGGGUGUCAAACUCGUUUUGGUUCAGGGGCCACAUUCUGCCCAGUUUGAUCUCAAGUGGGCUGCACCACUUAAAUUACAGCGUAAUAGCCUAUAAAUAACCACAACUCCAAAUCUUUUCUUUUGUUUUGGAAACUGAAUGAUCUAGUGUUUUACUUUAUGAACAAAACGGCAAAAAAAGACAAAAAAACAAGACAAAAUAUCAUCAAAAUGAGACACAAAGUGACAAAAAAUGAGACAAUCAACAUGAAACAAAAUAAGAAAAGACACAAAAGACAAAAAAGUUACAGUGACAAAAAACAAGACAACACAAGCACGACAAAAAAGACACAAAACGACAAAAACUAUACAAGACAAAAUAUUACAAAAAUGAGACGCAAAACGACAAAAGAACAAUGAACAAUCUAGUAUUUUACUUUGUGAUCAAAACAACUUGUCAUGGUCUAGAAAUGAUUUUAAAUUUACAGUUUUUUAUUAUCCCUUAUUAAUCCCACGAGGAGAAAUUCUAAUUUUCGCAUAUCUCCCCAAUUGGGGGAGUCAGAGCGAUGGGUCAGCCGCGGUACAGCGCCCCCUGGAGCAGGAAGGGUUAAGGGCCCAACAGAGGCCACAUCGGGGCUUGAACCUCUGACCUUCCGAUCAGUAGUCCAGAGACUUAACCUUUGCGCCACCACUGCCCGAUUUACAAUCUGCAGUUAAUGUUUUCUCUGGAAUUUUUACACUUUGACGGCCAUAUUGGACCCUCUGGAGGACCAGUUUUGGCCCGCGGGACGCAUGUUGACACCCCUGUGUUACAUAAAUACUAGUUUGCGACUGAAAUAUUUGCUAAUGGCACGUUGUUUAGCUUUGCCUGCUUAAGAUUGGCAUAAAAUCACGACUCGGAUGUUUGGGACGUUGGGCAGCUCAAGUGUCUCAAGUUUAUGGCUUCAAACGCAACUGGUCAUAAAUGAGGCUUUCAAAAGUAAACGAUCCUUUUCAUGAUGCACAUCGAGACGUCUCACACAGCCGGUGUCCUGAAAACUACUGUCUGAAAUCAAGAAGCCAACGUACUGUACGCUCACUCAGGUUUAGGCUUCAGCAAAAAGCCUGUUUGCCAUAAUUAAUGAUUUCUUUUUUGGAUGUAGUGAAAUUAGGUUGUUUUGGUGACAGAUAAUAGAUUUUAUGAGAUUUAUUUGAAGUUAUUGAGUGUAUGUAUGUUUUCUUACCUAUGAUGUUAUGUUCAGACAAGAAAUUCUGUGUUUCGUUCUUUGGUCCUGAUGAAUAAUUUUACUUGGAGGAUGAUUUUUCUGCAUGUCACAAAAACUGUUGAGAAGCCAUUGUCCUCACCAAGUACCCCCCGACACUCAUUUAUCAGUUUAUUUCCUGCCUCCAAAAUGACGAUAAAAUCGAAACAACGCCUCUGAAAACAACAGAAACCUUCAUCAUAGCUGUUAACCCUCGUGUCGUCCUGUGGCUAAAAAUUGACCCGUCUUAAAGUUUGAAAAUGUGGGGGAAAAAAACUAUUUUCACAGUGAAGCUUCUGAUUUCCACCUUUUCAACGUUUUUGGGAAAUCUUUGAACAUUUUUUGGUGGAAAAAAAGAAAUGUUAAAAACGUUUCUUCAGAACAUUCACAAAAAAAUCAAUCAAAAUCCAGUGAAUUUCACUGGGUUUUGGUUGAUUUUUAUGUGAAUGUUCUUAAAUAAAAUAGAAGUUUUACUGAUAUAUAUGGAAUCACUUUAGAUAUUUUUAGGAUUUUUUUUUGGAAGAUUUUUACUCAUUUUUUUGGAAAAUAUUUACAAGAAUUUUCUCGCCAAAUUUGGGGGAUUUUUUAAAAUAAAACUAUUAAGGGAAACUUUUAAGGAAUUAUUGGAAUUUUCUUCCUGAAGGUUUUGCAAAUUUUCAGAAAUUUAGAGAAUUUUUUUUUGCUGAAUUUUUGGAUUUUUUUCAGACAAGGAAGCAAUAUUUUUUGGUGCCCGUAAAUGAGGACAACAGGAGGGUUAAAAAACAUAUUUAUUUAAGCUGGAUUUGUUUAACAAACUGGUAAAUGAGUGACUGGUGUCUCUCUGUAUGAUGGACAGAUGAAAUGUUGUGUUUGUGAGAGAGAAGGAAAUGGAGGAGGUUACUGGUUGUGGAUUAUAAAGCUGUUUUUGGUGUAUGUGUCAAAAUAAACAUCCGUGUCUGAUGCAGAAAUGCAA